ACCAACCAUUCCACUCUACAAGAUGUUCGUUUACUUCAGUGCCGUUCUUAUCGCUGCCAAGAAGUUAGUGUUCCAAAAUACUUUUGCUGGUGGUGGUCGCGCGUGUACCACCAAAAUGCAGUUCUUCGUGCGGUGCUUCGGACUUUGUCUGAUUGCUGUGAAUUCGCUUGGAGUUUUCGCUCAAAAUGUGGAUAUUUUUCCCGACUUGCCGCUCGGCGUUAUUGAUGGCAAAAAUGUGCUAUGCAGAGAUCAAAGCCGGUUGUAUGUGGAGGCUUUGAGGAAUUUAAGUUUAUGGGCAUAUGAAACAAUAUAGGUCAUUUUUUGGAACGCUGUUUUUCCAUGGGGAUCUAUUUGUUGAUUCCUUCUUUAUCCUGAGCGGGCUGUUAGUAACCUACUGCCUGCUAGUCCAAUGGGAGAAGAAGUUCCUAAACCCCGCCUACGUAAUUAUUUUGAGAUACAUGCGAUUGACUCCGCUCUACGCCUUCGUCAUUUUUUUCUGCGCGACUUUCUUCGACUUUGUGGGAUUUGGUCCGAUGUGGAAAAUAAUAAUUUCACCAGAGGUGCAGGACUGCAGAAAGAACUGGUGGACCAAUUUACUCUACAUCAGCAACUACGUCAAUGCUGACCACAUGUGCAUGGUUCACAGUUGGUAUUUGUCCUGCGACUUUCACUACUUCAUCCUGGCCCUCGCCCUAACAAUCCUCAUAUACAAAAUGAAGAGAACUGGACUGGCUUUAUUGGGCUUGGUGUUUCUCGCAUCGAUUCUCAUCCCGUUUAUCAUUGUCUUCAUCUACCAACGGCCGGCAGUUUUAUUUUUCUACCUGGAUUUCAUCCGAAGCCCCAAGUCGCAUCCAGAUUUUUUGCUCACGUAUAUUAAGUCGCAUGCCAGAAGCACUCCUUAUAUUGUGGGGAUUAUUGCCGGAUAUAUGUUUUACAGAUUGAGGCAACAUAAAGUCAGUGUUAAUUGGAUAAUGUCCUACUUGAUAUUUAUAAGCUCGGUGACGUUAAUGGUGGUAUCGAUAGUAACUGGAGCGAUUUUUUACAACCCAUACUACCAAUACGACACUCUUGAUGCGGCCGCAUACUCAGCUUUGCAUAGAACUGUUUGGUCAAUUGGGAGCAUUGGAGUCUUAUACGUUGCCAGCUAUGGGCAGCUUAAGUGGGUCUACUGCUUCCUGGCAUGGAGGCCCUGGAUCCCACUAAGCAAACUGGUCUAUGGUGCUUAUUUGAUCCAUUUCCAGAUACAAAUGCGGGCAGUUGCAAAGAAAGGCGCGGCCGAUGUUACGUCGUAUUUCGAUAUUAUUAGUUUGGCCCUUUCCGACAUAGUGCUAUCAUUCGCAACCGCUUUCUUGCUUUACUUAGCCGUUGAGGCGCCCUUCAGAAACAUCUUUGCCAUACUGUUUUUCCCACCAAAGGACAACAGGAAGAGCCACAUGAACAAUAACAACAACAAGGAGGAAAACGUAAGCGAGACCACCAGUGAUAGUCAUUUGUAACCGGACAAUAAAUCCCUUAAUUAAGCGUAGUUAAUUUAACAUAGCAAUCAAUAAGGCUUGAUUUUAUUUAAUAGAGGUUUAGAGAUUUUGGAAAAAAAGUAUAUUCGAAUGUCUUCUGGAAUGCGAUUCAAGGCAUACAAAAAUGUUGGUUUUUUCGGAUGAUAUUGUUCAGACAGAAUCUACUAGUCAAUGUAAAUAGUAGUUAGGACCUAAACUUAAGUUAAUGUAGCAUUUGCGAGAUGUAUUCGUUCGAUGAGUAUAUUUUUGUACGAAAAUCUAAUAAAAUUUGUAAAGUUU